GGAGGGGCAGAUGAGGUGGCGAUGGAGGAGGUGGCCCCGGAGGGCGAGAGGACGCCCAUCGUGAUUGAGGGUAAGAGACAUGCUGUUAAUGAGACAGAGCAGGUGGUCGGCAAGAGGUUGAGAGUGCCGUCACAGUAUGUUGUUUCCCCCUUCAUGGCUAAGGCCAAGAGGAGGACGUUUAUCGAUGGGACGCACCCGAACUUAUUUAGAGAGGUGGAUAAUGCCAAGUAGAAAGCAUUCGAGACGGAGUGGAGGAGAAUUAUCCCCGGAUAAGUAUUUUAUGAUUUUAAUAAAGCACUGUACGCUAACUCGUCUAUGCUUAUUUUAACAUUUCCCUAUUUUUUUAGCGCUACCCGCACGAUAGGUAAUCGGACGGUCUCAGACGCUUACAAGUGGUUCCACGAUAUCACGACUUCGAGAGCUUGGCUUGCCGACGAUCACAUCAACCUGCCCAUGGACUUGCUGCGAGAUCGAGCUCAGAGACAUCCAAAAUCAUUUGACGUCCAUGGUCAAGUCAUAUUAAACACCGAGUUCCUGCGUACCGUUACCAUAGAGUAUCAGUCGCUCCAACUUAUGGGUAACGAGUACACGGUGCCAGAAUAUAUGCUCGAGUGGGUCAUAGGAUUGUUGCCGAGUGUCGAGGGAAAAUCAUGUGAGGGUUGUACACAUAUGUACAUUCCAGCAUGCAUCAAUAAGCACUAUGUUACGCUGGAAAUCGUUUUUGCUGACACGACUAUAUAUGUGUACGACCCAAAUCAUUCAAGUUUGACGCAAGGCCAGCUGGAGCAAAACCUGGAGUCCGUAGCUGUAAUUGUUCCUAUGAUGGUCAGAUAAGUGGGGAUGACUGUACAGGACAGAUUGCGGAUUGUUCAGAACACGACGACAUCGCGACAAUUCGUAAGCGGCGACUGCAGCAUAUUUGUCAUUAAGUACGUUAAAUUUUUAAGUAUAGGACAUAAGGUUGAUGGAAUCAACCAAUCGUGGAUACAGAACUGGAGA